AUGGCAGCAGUUGCUGCUGCGCUGCUGCAGCCGCUGCAGCAGCAAGUGGUUGGGGCGAUAUUGAAAGCCCUCCGAGAAAGAAUAGGAUAUUUUCUGGUCUCAGUAGACACACAGGCAAAGAUGGAUUCCUCUAGAGGUAACUGGAGAACCUUUGUUGGAGCGCCGCAGGAAGAGAACCUUGCUCAAGUAGCAGAACGGCAACUUCAGCAGGUGGACGAGCACAUCCAUCAUUUCUUUUUGUUGCAGAAGCAACAAGAAGUAGAGUUAAGGCGGCAGCGCCUCCAUCGUCUUUUAAAAGAAGGCCCUAAAGAAGAAGGAGCAAGAAGAGAGUUUGCUGCUGAGACCAAAGAAGUGCUGCAGCAGCAACAAGCAGUGUCGUCAGCGGAAGAAACGCCCUUGCAUUCCAUGCUAGAGUGGCUUCUCCGGUACUUACCGAACGUCAACAUACGGCUUGAAGACGUGAAGAUUUCUUUAGAUGACUCCUCGGGUUUCUUUGGGCCCCCUGCAAAGGCACCAUCUGCUUCGAAGUCGCCAUGGGGGUUUAGUUGGGGCGGCUCUCCGCCCGUCUUUUUGGGGCCGCAGCUUUCAGAGCCGCAGGUAGAUGAAGCACUUGCUGUUGAUGUCUCUAUACGUCAGCUGAGGCUGUCCCUCUGCAGCAGCAGCAGCAGCAGCAGCAGGAGCAGCAAGAAGGGAGGCAGCAACGAGAGGGACGCGGUGUGGGUCGAUGUGCUCCAGACAGAGGAGCUGCAGCUGCAUCUGUUUGUGGAGCGCGAGGCUAACAGCAGCAGCAGCAACAGCAGCAACAGCAGCAACAGCAGCAACAGCAGCAGCAACAGCAGCAACGAGCAGAAAGGGCCCCUUCGAUGGCGCGCUUCUUUAAAUGUUUUAGGCGAAGAAGAGGUGCAGCUAACGUUGGGUAAUUUUGCUGCUUUUUAUGCCUUCUGUCUCUACAACAAGCUCCUCCAUAUUCAGGAUCUUAAACUCCUGAAGGCCUACAGACCGCCUGGGCGGCCCACGAAAUACCCGAGGGAUUGGUGGCUGUACGCUAAGAUGUACGCUCGGCUGCUUCAGCGAGAAGAAAAAGGAGAAGACAAUUUCUUGCAGCAGACAGAAGAGCGAAUGACGCACAUGAAAAGGUUCCUUCGCCUAGCAAAGGUGCUGCUGCUGCAGCAUCGAGAGCAGCAGCAGCAGCAGCCACAAACGCAGCAGCAGCAGCAGCAGCAGCAACAACAACAACAGCAGCCGCUGCAGGGGAACGGAUCGAUCCCUCCCCUCAUUGAAUUGCUGAAGCCCGUGAUGACCCGUUACACCCAACGCCAGCAGCAGCAGCAGCAGCAGCAGCAGCAGCAGCAGCGAUGGCAGAGGAGACAAACAAUAGGGCAGCAGGAAGCAAACGACAUCUUUUUGCUGCUGCAGUUUGCUCGCCGCCAAGUGGAGGGAAUAUGCUUAUGGAUGCUGAUAGCAGCAAAGGAGACCGAAGCAGCUCUGGAAGAGCUGCAGCAGCGAGGAGAUACAGACCUGCAGCAGCAGCAGCAGCACGCGCGCAGGCUGCGGCAGCUGCGCCAGCAGCACGCGGUUCUGCAGCAGCAGCAGCAGCAAUUCACCUCUCCCUCUGGGGCCCCCGUAUUGAACGGGCUCCAACAGGAGCAGCAGCUGCUGGUGCUGCAGCAGCAGCAGCAGCUGCAGCUCGAGCUGCAGGCGAACGAGGAUGAGCAGCAGCAGCUGCUGCAGCAGCUGCAGCAAAUCAUCAACCCUGCCGUCAGAGAGAAAGUCGUUUCUUUCUUCUGUACGCCUUCUUCCUUUUGCUGCCAAGCUCGUGCUGCAGCAGUAACACUAGAGCAAGGGAAGGAGGAGCUGCAGCAGCAGCUGCUGCUGCUACAGCGGGAGCGGGGCCUGGGGUGCAACAGCAGCAGCGGGAAGCUGCUUGAAGUGUACAGACAGCAGCAGCAAGCUGCUGCAGCAACCUGCCGUAAGGUUGAGAGCUACAGAGACACCUGGAGGCUCUCACGGCUUCGCAUGCUGCUGUGGGCUGAGCUGCUAGCUGUCUACGAGCUUUCGUUUCCUGCUGCUGCUGCUGCUGCUGCUUCUGCUGCUCUGCUGAACCACACAGCCCUCGCGGAGCUGCUGCAGCAGCACAGAAGGAGACAGCUAGAGGAGACAUUUAGAGAUGGCAUGCUACGCCCUAGCAGCGCCUUAGACCCAGUAUUCAUGCGAAAGGCUGCUCGCAUUCCUGCUCCUGCUGCUGCUGCUGCGGGUGCUGGUGCUGGUGGUGCUGCUGCACCACCAGGCACGGCCGCAGAGCGAGCAGCAGCACCUGACAGUGCUGUUGCUGCGACUGCUGCUGCCGGUGCUGGAGGAAUUCCAGCGGAAGCAGCUCAAGGUGCAGCAGCAGCAGGAAAGGUUGCUGCAACAGGAGGGUUGCGGGAGGAGCAUCUGAAGCAGCCUCAGCAGCAACAGAACGUCUUAAGUGCUGCAGCAGCAGCAGCAGAAAAGAUACCCGCGUUGCUGUUGGCCAUAGGGAAAAGCUGCGACCUGCCUCUGCCUCGAUACCUCCAUAGGCGGAAGCUGGGGCUGCUGCUGCGCUCGGUGAAGCUGCGGCUCGCUCCUCUACUCAUCCUAGACACCUGCCAGCAGCAGCAGCAGCAGCAGCAGCAGCAGUGGCUCUUGUUUGAGGCCCUGGAUGCCGCAGUGGACCUGCAAACAAUAAACGCGGCUUCACUCCUCUGCUGCCUUCGCUGCCUUCAGCUGCACCUCUGCAGCGGUCAGCUGCAGCUGCAGAGAUGCAGCAGCAGCAGCAGCAACAGCAACGGCAGCAGCAGCAACCAUAGCAGCAGCAGCAGCAGCAGCCACUCCGACUGGAGGUGCCAACUCGAGGAGCAGACACAAGUCCUGCUGCUGCGAAUGGCCCACAACUCAUCUGCUGCCAGCAGCAGUCGCCGCAGCAGCAGCGUUUGCUGCACUAGUGAGAGCGCAGCAGCGCAGCAGCAGCAACAGCAGCAGCAGCAGCAGCAGCUGGCAGUCCCGGUUGUCUUCGGCCCCGGGGGAAGCAGCAGCCACCCAAAUGGGAUCAAGCAGGAGCAGCACAGAAGAAGCACCAGCAGCAGCAACAGCAGCAGCAGCAGCAGCAGCAGCAACGGGCGAAAGCAGAGUAUUUGGCAGAACGCGCUAGAUGCUAUAGGAAUUGCUGCAAGUGCAGCAGCAGCAGCAUCUUCUGCUGCUGCUGCUGCUGCUUCCGAUACAGAGCCAGGGGCGACGAGAUCCCGCAGAAGCUCGCUUGUAGAAGACCUUGCCAGCAGCGGCAGCAGCAGCAGCAACAGCAGCAGCAGCAGCAACAGCAGACUGGGAGCAGCCAAGGCUUCAUUUCAAGAAUCCGUGAAGACAGGAGUGCUGCUGCAGCAGCAGUUGCAACGGCAGCUAUCGUUUGUGUUGAUACGCCUGACGGCGCUGCCGCUGCUGCAGCAUCAGCAGCAGCACCAACAGCACAGUCUGCUGCUGCAGCAGCAGCUGCAGAAUCCCUUGCUGCGCAUAGGCGUCCCCCUGUAUUUGCAGGCGACUGCAAAGCUGCAGCACAUUUGGGGCCGCGUGAAGACGGGCGAGGUGCAGCAGCUGCAGCAGCUGCUGCAGCAGCUGCUGCUGACGCUCUCUGCUGCUGCUCUCGCUGGAGGAAGAGCAGCAAGCAGUACUUCUUAUGCACACAACAAAGACCCUGUGGCGUUCUUCGCAAGGCUACUUACCGCCUACAGGCGGCACAACGAGCAGCUGCAGCAGCAACACAUACAGGAGCAGCAGCAGCAGCAGCGUUCUUUGUCUGGCCUUCAGCAGCCGCAGCAACAGCAGCAACCGCAGCAGCAGCAGCAGCAGCACAAGGGAAGCAGCGACAGUCUCACGUCGGAUGCUGCUGCUUCUGUUACGGCUCCACAUGCUGUGGAUUUGAGCUUCGUGACAGAUCGCCUUGCUGCAGCCUCUCAGGCAGCAGUUGCUAAGCAGCAAGCUGCGCACAACCUCCUACCGUCUGUCUUCCCUCCAGCGGGUUCAGCAGUAGCGCCUGCUGCAGCAGCACCUGCUGCUGCCUCUGCUGCUACUGCUGCUGCUGCUGCCGUUGCUCCCGAAUGGGCCCACCUGCUCUCGCUAGUUGCUUUACGGCUUCGAGCUGUAUUCCCUUCAGUGCAAAUCUCCUUGCAGCAGCCGCUACCGCUGCAGCAGCAGCAGCAACAGCAGCAGCAGCAGCAGAGCAACAGCAGCAAAUUAGAGAGCCCAUACCAGCGUAUCGUUAUUUCAGGUGCACCUGAAGGCCCAGAAGGAAGCCGAACAGAUGCAGCAGCCUCAGGGCCGUCUGCCGCAGCAGCAGCAGCAGCAGCAACAGCAGCAGCAGCAGCAGGAGGAACGCAUUCUGUAGGAGAGGAGAUCCUCAGCGUCGCGAUAAGGGAGCAAGAGCUGGCGCUGUCGCUAAGCAGCAGCAGCAACAGCAGCAGCAGCACGAAGCAACCUGUUCUGAAUCUGUCUCUUGAAGGUGUAUGUACAGCUGCCUGCCACACCCCAGCCAGUUUGCUGCAGCAGCUGCCGCUGCUGCUACUGUCGUUAAGGACGCAUUAUCAGCAGCUCGAUGCUUUACUGCUUCUGCUGCUGCCGCGCCAGUGGACCUCGGUCAGGCCUCCGGAGUUGCUGCUACAGGUGCAGCAGCAGCUGCAGCAGCAGCUGCAGCAGCAGCAGCAGGAGCUUCAGCAGGAAACGCAAGGAGCAAUAAGCAUACAAAAGGAUUAUGCAGCUUCACAUGUCUCCUGGGUGGACGCGGUGUAUGGAUUAGUCAGAGAAGCUGCUAGGAAGCAGCAGUUGCUGCUGCAGCAGCAGCAACAGGAGGAACGGCAGCAGCAGCAGCAGCAGAAACAGCAGCAGCAGCAGCAACUGGAGGCCACGUCUAGCGACGAACUUGUGCUGCCUCUUUUCCGCGUUGCUUCAGAGGAUUCACUUCCUAGCAAGAAAGGUGCUGCUGCUGCUGCUACUAAUAAUGCUGCUGCUGCUGCUGCUGUUCCUGCUGCCUGGAUGCCCCCUUCUCUAUCCGCUCGGCCUGCAUUUCGUUGUGCGGCUGCUUCUGCUGCUUCUGCUGCGGGUGCAUCUUCUGCUGCUGCUGCUCCUGCUGCUGUGCCUCCGUUGCCUCCGUCGAGGGCAGCAGCAGCAGCAGCAGAAGCCAGGGCAGCAGCAGCAGAAGCCAGGGCAGCAGCAGCAGCAACAACAGCAGCAGCAACAGCAACAGCAUCAGCUGCUGCAGCAACUGCUGCCGCCGACGCAGCCGAAAGAAGCAAAGGUGCUGCUGCUGCUUCUGCUAGGCAGGCUGCUCACAAAUCUGCUGCACCAAACGAUGCUGCUGCUGCACCUGCUGCACCGACCGAUACCACUGCUGCACCUGCUGCAGCACGCGGUGCUGCUACUGCUGCUGCACCUGCUGCAGCACUUGGUGCUGGUGCUGGUGCUGGUGCUGCACCUGCUGCAGCACGUGGUGCUGGUGCUGGUACUGCACCUGCUGCAGCACGCAGUGUUCCUGCUGCACCUGCAGCAGCACGCAGUGUUGCUGCUGCACCUGCUGCAGCAGUACCGCCUCUUAAAUCUCCACCGAUAAAUAUAAAGCCUGAAGGCGGUGCUGCAUCUCGUGCUGCGCCUGGUGCUGCUGUUCAUGGUGCAGCAGCAGCAGCAGCAGCAGCAGCGGCCGCGCAUGAGCCCACAGCGUCUCAACCAGCAGAUACGAGAGCAGCAAAAUUUGGGGGGAUAUCGCAGCGGCAGCCUGUUGCAGGGCCAGCAGCAGGAACAGCAGGUGCAGCAGCACAGAAGCAGCAGCAACAGCAGCAGCAACAGCAGCAACAGCAGCAGCUACAGAUGAAACUACGGCAGCAGCUGCCACAACUACAACGGAACUUCACACAGCCGCAGCACCAGCCGCCGCAGCAACAGCAGCAACAGCAGCCACAGCAGACACAGCAACAGCAGCAACAGCAGCCACAGCCGCCGCAGCAACAGCAGCCCCAGCAGCAGCCACAGCAGCAGCCGCAACAGCAGCAGCAGCAGCAGCAACCGCAGCAGCCUCCGUUGCUGUUCGCGCGUCGUGUGCCUGGCUUUUACUCUCGAAGGACUUCACUGACAGAGUCAGCCAGCGCUGAGGGCAAAGAUGGAAGACAGCAGCAGGAGCAGCAGGAGCAGGAGCAAGAGCAGCAGGAGCAGCAGGAGCAGCAGCAGGAGCAGCAGCUCGAGCCUGAAACGCCGAGGACGAAACAGCGGGAGCAGCAGCAAGCAGCAGAAGAGUUGGUGUCUCUGGGCCUCAAAAGAGGUUUCGGGUUUAGGGUUAAGACGGCUGACGCGAGCAGCAAGGCAGACAGCCACCGCCUUGCAGCAGCAGCAGCAGCAACAGCAACAUCAGCAGCACCACCAGCAGCGGCAACAGCAGCAGCAACAGUAGCAGCAGCAACAGCAGCUCAAGCAACAGAAUGGAAGAGCAUCUCAGCAGCAGCAGCAGCAGCAGCAAAAGCAGCAGGGGCUGCGGCUUCUCCAGGGGUAGCAUCAGCAGCAGAAUCCCCGAGGUAUCCGCAGCAGGAACAGCAGCUGCAGCCGCAGCAGCACAAUCGGGAGCAGCAUCUGCAGCAGCAUCUGCAGCACCCGCAGCAGCAGGAGCAGCAACAGCAUCUACUGCAGCAUCCGCAGCGACGGCAUCCGCAGCAGCAGCAGCAACAGCAGCAGCAGCAGCAGCAGAAGAUGCCGCUGCAUAUGCCUGAGACGUCACCGCUGCCAUCACAGCUGCUGCUGGGUUUGCAGCCGCAGGGCUUCCGGGUGUCUAGACAGAAGGUGCUGAGCCUCAACCACCGUCUACCUUCGAAGCAGCAGCAACAGCAGCAGCUGCUGCUGCAGCAGCAGCAUGAGCUGACAAUAGGCUGCGGCGCAUGUGCCGCCUGUACUGCCGAUUGCAGCAACAGCAGCAGCAACAGCAGCAGCAGCAGCAGCAGCAACAGCAGCAGGGAAGUUGAGGACAUAGCUGAGUUUCUCUCUCGUUUAAAAAAAUUCCUCCCUAUUGACUUCUUGCUGCUGCCGCUGGCAGACCCCAAAGGAGGCGUGCUGGAGUGCUUAGCUGCUGCUGCUGCUGCUCCUGCUGCUGCUGCUGCUGCUGCUCCUGCUGCUGCUGCUGCUGCAACAACAGCAACAACGAAAACACCUGCUCUACCGUCAGCAGGGCCAUCCCAAGCAGCGUCCCCUGCCUCAGGCACAGGAGCGGUAGCAGCAGAAACAGGAGCAACAGCAGCAGCAGCAGCAGCAGCAGCAGCAGCAGCAGCAGCAGCAGCAGGUCUGGACGGAGCAGCAGACCCGUGGCUGUGGGGCGGCAGCUGCUGCUUCACUUCUUUUAUGCCUUUAGGGCAGAGCGAUUUGCACUUGCGGUGCGCUGAUUGGAGUGCAGCAGUCUUCGGGUGUACGUCCACCUGGAUACACCCAGACUGCAGCAGCAGCAGCAGCAGCAGCAGCAGCAGUUGGGACGAGGCCCAGGGGUUUGAGAAUAGCUGCAUGCCUGAGAGGCUGCAGCGCAUUUACAGCUUCCUCAAGAGGCGCCAGUUGCUGCAGCGGCAGCAACAGCUGCAGCAACAACUGCAGGUGCUGCAGCAGCAACUGCAGCAGGGAGAAUGCCCGCCGGAUGCCGCAGCAAAGCAGGAGCAGCAACUGCAACAGCAACUGCAGCAACUGCAGCAGCAACUGCAGCAGCAGUCAGGCCUCCACCUGGCGACGGCCCGCGAGCGAGUGAAGCGGCUAUACAGGGACAGCAUAGCAGCAGCUGAGCGUCUGCUGCAGCAGGAGCAGCAGGAGCAGCAGCAGGAGCAGCAGCAGGAUAGGGAAGAAGAGGAGGAGCUGCUGCAGCUAGCAGCAGCAGCAGCAACCUCUCCCUUUCUCAGCAGCAGCUUCCACAUGCGUCAUUUAAACGCAGAGAUAUCUUUUGCUGCUCAUCUCAAUCUGCAGGCUGUCGUUCUGCCCCCUCCAAACACUAAUAAACCCAUACUCCUAGCCAGGACUAUAAAGAGUUGGCUGAGCCAGCUGCAGCCUCCGACCUUUUGGGUACGCCUCCCGCUGCAGUACAGCAAACAGACAGCAGCAGCAGCAGCAGAAGCAGCAGCAAGGAGAGACAGUCUGGCUCUGGGUGCCAAGACACCGGAAGCAGCAGUUGCUGCUGCUGUGCUGCUGGAGCUGCAGCAAUUGGAGGUAGGAAACGGGGCAACCAGCAGCGAGGAGCAGCAGCAGAUGAGAGAAGCAGAUGGAGAUGAGCAGCAGCAGCAACAGCAGCAGCAACAGCAGCAGCAGCAGGAGGAGGAGUUAGAUCCAUGGAAGCAGUGGUGCUUCCUGCAGCAGGUUGUUGGGGUGUCUGUACACCUCGGAGUAGCGCUGCAGCUAACAGAAGAUCUCCCUUCAGAGCUUGUGCUGCAGCGCUGGUUAGCAGAGCCGCUCCGGUGUAUCCUGAUCCCCACAAGCAUCUUCCUGCAGCUGCAGCAGCACCUGCACCCCCAGCAGCAGCAGCAGCAGCAGCAGCAGGAGGUCACCUUGCUGCGGCAGCAUCUCCUCUUCUUGCUGCGCUGCGCAGAACUCCGCGUGCGGCUGGUCAUAGUGGACGACAGAGAAGAAGAGACUGACACAGCAGCAGCAGCAACAGCAGCAGCAGCAGCAGCUGCUGCUGCUGCUAAGACAACGACUGCAGACAGUGCAGCAGCAGCAGCGGAAGCAGCUGCAGCAGACAACGGGGGAACGAAGAGAGCAACACCCCCUCAAAGCGAAGCAGCAAACCCCAGCAGCAGCAGCAGCAACAACAACAGCAGCAGCAGCAGCGAAGGGAGCUUUUGGCUGAACCCCCUAAGCAAACUGAGCAAGAGCUACCUCACUAGCAGCAGCAGCAGCAGCAGCAGCAGCAGGUGUAUGUACAGGGAGCUAGAAGCUCAUACACGCUAUCUGCAACAAACAAUGCGCUUGCUGCCUCCUUUGUCUUCUGCUGCUUUGUUCUGUCGAUCUCAUCAUAAUAUACUGCAGCUGCCGAUGCAGCCGCUCGCGGAGAACCUCAACGCAUGCAGCUACGAGGUGUUUGAGCGAGACGGCAUCAAAUACAAAUUAUACUGCAAGGCGAUCCUCCUCAGACUGCGAGACCUCCUAGGUCUUGACGAGGAGCAGCAGCACCAGAAGCAGCAGCAGCAGCAGCAGCAGCAGCAACUCCGCCCUUCGGGGAAGCGCAGAAGAUGCUUUCGGUCUCCCGACAACAGGAGGAGCAGCCUCAGCCGCAGCCUCAGCCGCAGCAGCAGCAGCGGCAGCAGCAGUGAAGACAAUCAGCAGCAGCAGCAGCAGCAGCGGCGCAGGGAUUUCUAUGGCAGCAUAACGGCACUGAAUAACCCAAACUGUCUCCACAUAUCCGAAGCUAACUUUCCCCUGCUGCAGCAGUACAUGGCAUGCCACAGCAGCAGCAGCAGCAGCAGCAGCAGCAGCAGCAGCAGCAACAGCAACAGCAGCAACAGCAGCAAAAACAGGAGGGGCAGGCGGCAGACUAGACGUGCUUCCUGCAGCAGCGGCCAGACCAAUGGCAGCAUACCACCAUCUUCUGCAGCAGGAGGAGCAGCAACAGCAACAGCAGCUGCUGGUGCAGCAGCUGCUGCUGCUGCAAGGGAGCCGCUGAUAGAAGCAUCAGACCACUAUAAGAAGGCAAUAGGGCGUUUUGCUUGUCUUUCUUUUUUGCGAGAUGUUCAAUUCAAGACAGAUGAAGAAUAUCUCAAUUACUCGCCUCCGCAGUGCAUGCGGGGGGCCCUGAGGGAAGCAGCAAAAGAAAUAAGAGCAGCAGAAGCAGCAGCAGCUGCUGCUGCAGCACCUCCAGCUGCUGCUGCCGCUACACCAACGCAACCAACCCAAACCGGCACCCACAACGCUCAGCCUCACCAGCCUUCACAGGAGCAGCAGCAGCAACAGCAGCAGCAGCAGCAGCAGCAGCAGCAUGAAGUAGAUGAGUGGCCGCGUAUAGUGAUAUACGUAGUGGGUGCUGGCCGAGGCCCUCUUGUACAGGCAGCCUUAGAUGCUCUGCGGUUUUUAAAUAUACCCCCUUGCUUCUUUUUUGUUGCUGCUAUAGAGAAAAACCCUCAGGCUCUUUAUGCUCUCAGAGACAGACAGCAAAAUGAUGCAUGCGGGGCUUGGAGAUAUGUUGCUGUUGUAGCGGGAGACAUACGAGCGCCCUCAACAGCAGCAGCAGCAGCAGCUGCUGCUGCUGCUGCUGGUGUUCCUCUACCUGCUCCGGCUGCUCCUGCUGGUGCUGCAGGAGCAGCAACUCCAGUAACACCAAUAACAACAGCAGCAGCAGCAGCAGCGACAGCAGCAGCAGCAACAGCAACAGCACCAGCAACAGCAGCAGCAGCAACAGCAGCAGCAGCAACAGCAGCAGCAGGAAGCGUGCGCUGCGACAUUUUGGUGUCUGAGCUGUUGGGUUCAAUUGGAGACAACGAGUUGUCUCCGGAGUGUAUAGACAGUGCGCAGCAUUUGCUGCUGAAACACGAAGGGAUAUCUAUUCCUGCUGCUUAUCUUUCUUCAUUAGAGCCUGUGUCUUGCCCUCUGUUGCAUGCAGCUGCUGCUGCUGCUUACUCUACACCGCAGCAGCUAGAUUCUAUUUUUGUUGUUCACCCCCACGGUGUAUUCAGACCUUCUGUUGAGGGUCCUAAGUCUUGCUUUCGUUUUCAGCACCCUAAUUUGCUGCUGCCGCCGUUUGCUGCUGCUGCUGCUGCUGCUGCAACACGCAUGCACGCCUUCACGCAGCGCAUCCUGGGCGCGCCGGCAGCAGCAGCAGCAGCUGCUGCUGCUGCUGCAGACACAGCAGCAGGGGAAACAGCAGCAGCAGCAGCACGUGCAGCAGAGUGGAACGGCUUGGAUUUGAGGUCUCCUUUUGGGGUGUCUGCAGCAGCAGCAGAAGCAGCAGCAACAGCAGCAGAAGGAGGCCCUCAAGAUCGGGUGUCUCUGCUGCAGUGGACUAUGAAAUGCGACACACAGAUUAGCGGCUUCUUGGAACGCAUGCGGAAUUUAGAUCGAGCAGCAGCAACAGCAGCAGCAGCAGCAACUGCAGCAGCAGCAAAGUUAAACAGUCGGCAGCAGCAGCAGCAGCAGCAGCAGCAAGUUGACCCCGUAGGCGGGGGCGGCGGCAGCAGCAGCAGCAACAGCAGCACGACUAGUGCUGCUGCGAAGCUCCUCCAGGAACCCAAUGUCCCCAGGGAGUUGGUGAGCUCCAGCUGCUGCAGCAGCAGCAGCAGGAGCAGCAGCAGGAGCAGCAGCAGCAGCCGCCGCAGUAGCUGCAGCAGCACCCGCAGCACGAAUACCCAAGAAGCAGCAGCGACAGAACCAGCAGCAGAAGAAGCAGCAGGGGCACUCGCAGCAGCAGGAGCAGCAGCAACAGCACCAACGACAACACCAACACCAGCAGCAGCAGCAGCAGUAACAGCAGCGGCAGCAGCAGCACCAGCAGCGGCAGCAGCAGCACCAGCAGCGGCAGCAGCAGCAGCAGCGGCAGCAGCAGCAGCAUUAGCAUCAGCAGGAGCACUAUCAACAGCGGCAGCAGCAGCGCCCUACCACCAGCAGCAGGAGCACCAGCAACAGCACAAACCCCACGAGCUGCAGCAGCAGCAGUACCAGGAACAGCAGCAGCAGCAGCAGCAGCAGCAGCAGCAGCAACAGGAAGAUGGUGGUGUUGCAGAAAUGGAGAAGGCGCUGCUGGAGUUGAAGAUGGUGAUUGAUUACCGAAUCAAAGAGAUAGAAAAGGAGAAGCAGCAGCAGCAGCAACAACAGGAGCAGCAGCAAGGACAAGGACAGCAACAACAGCUGCAGCAGCAGCCUCGGGCCCCAGCAGAAGCCCCCUUGCUGGGGAGAAAGAUGAGGGACGCUGGGUAUUUACUGGGGGUGGGUUUGUCUGCCCGCCGCAGUCUCUGUGCUAAUGCAGCAGUUCUUCGCUCUGCAGAAAGAGAGAAGAUUGAUGAAGGAUGCCGGAAGAGAACAGCCCCGUGGGUGCGCCAGGAAGCAAUAGACCGACGUCAGGCUCGUCAGGCCUUCAGCAGCAGCAGCAACAACAGCAGCAACAGCAGUAGCAGCAGCAGCAGCAGCGCGGAUGGGGAAGUUGGAGCCAAUGGCUCUUCGGCAGCGUCAGUGGAAACCUCUGCAGCAACAGCAGCAGCAGCAGCAGAUGCAGCAGCAGCAGCAGCAGCAGCAGCAGCAGCAACAGAUAUUGAAGAUAUUGGAACUGGCGAUACACCCGAUGGCCUCUGCGCCUUCUACGAAAACUUUGACGAAUAUUUCGCCCCCCAGCACUUCCCCGCAGGUGUCUAUACACUGGAGGAGCUGAAGGCAGCAGCGACGCGCUGGCGUCAUCCCGUGCUGCAUUUGUCUCUUCCUCUCUGUCCCUACUUCCUCGCUCGUCGUUUGCUGCAAGUUGCGAACGUAGUUGUUCUCAACUAUCAAUACCUCAUCGACCCCAAAGUCUCCGAAGCGGCUGUCUUUGGGCCUUCUGGUUCUGAGGGCCCCAUGGGUUCGCACCCUGGGGGCCCCCACCUCGUUGGCUUCGCUCGAACUGCAGCUCAGGAGCGUGCCUUUCAGAAGCAACAGCAGCAGCAGCAGCAGCAGCAGCAGCAAGACCCGCAGCAGCAGCAGCAGCAGCAGCAGCAGCAGCAGCAACAGGAGGACUGGCUGACCCCUACUUACUCUGGAGCAUCUGUUGUUGUGUUUGAUGAAGCACAUAAUAUUGAUAAUGUUUGCAUUGAGGCGCUGUCUGUACACCUGAACAGAAAUACACUCGAUCAGGCUCUACGCAACUUAAAUGAACUCAGCGAAGACAUCAAACAGCGCAAAGCGCAAGACUCGGAGAGGCUUCGCGCUGAGUAUCAGCAGCUGCUGCAGGGCAUGCAGCUGCAGCAGCAACGGCGGCGUGAGCAGCAACAGCAGCAGCAGCAGCAGCAGCAGGGGCAGCAGCAGCAGCAGCAGCAGCAGUCGCAGCAAAUUACGGUGACAGCAGAGACAUUCCAGGCCCUAGCAAAUCCUGUCUUGCCUUCUGAUGCUGUUGAAGAGGCGACUCCGGGAAGCAUCCGAAGAGCAGAGCACUUCGUGGCGCUGAUGAGGCGU